AUGUCACCAAGAUUGAAGUAUCUUCUUUCAAAUGAAAGAACCAAUAUAGAUUUACCAGAAAAUGCUUUGAAAGAAAUCAAUGAGGAGUGCGUUAGAGUCGAUGUUUAUACAGAAGAUCUCAUUGUAUUUGAAAAUAAAUUAUAAACGCAUCAAACUUAGGAUUCGGCGUAUUUUUUAGAAGAGGAAAAAGAAGAAGAAAAUAAUGAUGAUGAUGAUGACAGUGAGAUCAACGAUGAGUCAAAAAUAAAAGAUUUUAAAACCGUAAUCUCAUAUUUAGAAGAAUUACAAAAAUGUUCAGCCACGAUUUCAAAUUCAAAUCUAUUAGAACUUACAACCAAAGCUCGAGAAUGUGCUGAACGUACUGCUCUUAAUCACAAAAAGCAAUCUAAUAUUAAAAACUAUUUUUCUAAAUUAUAA